AUCUAUCUAAAUAUUUUUAAGAUUAAUUCUCAAGUUUUUGUCCCUUUCAUUCUUGUUAUUAUAUCACGAGUCUGCCUGUUAUUUAACAUCUCAAAAUUCAAGAGCAAGUAUACCAAGCAAGAAACUCUUUUUUCAUGCAACAAGGCCUUGCCUAUCUUUCUAGAUAUCACUCGGAAGCAUGGCCUUGAGAAAACUUUAAUAUUCAAGAAAUUAUUGAAUGCUAUCUUCUAUCUCACUCCACCACUUACUGAUACUGAUAAAAAUAAAUACUAUUUAUUAUAGCUUAACAACCUUACUGCAGUAUACAGUGCCUUUAGUAAUACUAUAUUUAAUAUAAUUAAGCACUCUCUUAAUCAAGUCCAAGCCAAGGCUAAGAAUCCACUUUUGGAGACCACUGAAAGUGUCUAGACAAAUAUUCUUAAUAAAAAUUAUAAAGAUUUAAUAAUUCAUGUUAAAGUAGAAUGAGUAUUAAAGCUUACUGAUGUUCUAUUUCCAAACUUGACUUAAAAAAUAGCAUCUAUACUCUCUGUAUGCGCUCUUAAUAUUUCCCAAAAGAGCUCUUUGGA